AUGACUGCAGACCGAGAGGACGAGCUUUGUCAGAAAGCGCUCAACAUUGUGACCGAACUCUGCUUUAAGGGACUGGUGGAACACGAAAGCUGCCUGGAUUUUUCCUACUAUCUCCGUGACCGGGGCAGGCCAAGGCACACAGAGUCAGACAUCUCCAUUAGCCUCCUGUCGCUGGUGGUCACGGCCUGUGGCCUGGCACUCUUUGGUGUCUCGCUCUUCGUCUCCUGGAAGCUGUGCUGGAUCCCAUGGCGUGAGCGCAGCGAAUCCUCCAACCACAAGGAGAGUCAACAGGACCAGCAGCCCUACACGGACAACGGGACCAAUGGGCAUGAGUACAGCGAGGAUUUCACCACAGAACCUGCCUCCUAUCCAGAGUCAGCCAUGAAGAUCAGCCACACCUCCCCUGAUAUCCCCGUGGAUGCUCAGAACAAGGAGAACUGUGCCCAAAAUGUUCGGAUGCACCGACAGGUCACGGAACCCACAUCCUCCACAAGGCACAACUCUAUAAGAAGACAGUUAAACCUUUCCAACCCGGACUUUGACAUCCAACAGUUCCAAAGGCAGGAGAAGCCAAUGGACAUUGGGCGGAUUAAGCCUGAGCUGUACAAACAGAGGUCGGUGGACACAGAUGACGGGCGUAGGAACAACGAGAGCUGUGGCAAACUUAACUUUGUGUUGAAGUAUGAUUGUGACUUGGAACAGCUGAUAGUCAAGGUCCACAAAGCAGUCAACCUGCCGGCCAAGGACUUCUCCGGCACGUCUGACCCUUACGUGAAGAUAUACUUGUUGCCCGACCGCAAAACCAAACACCAGACUAAGGUCCACCGCAAAACCCUCAACCCUGUCUUCAACGAAGCCUUCCUCUUCCCUGUCCCCUACAACGAGUUGGCCAAUCGCAAGCUCCACUUCAGCGUGUACGACUUUGACAGGUUUUCCCGCCACGACGUGAUUGGCCAAGUGGCCGUUGACAAUUUCCUCGACUUGUCUGACUUUCCUCGGGAGACUAUGCUAUGGAGGGACAUUAAGCACGUCACUUCGGAAAACGUGGAUCUCGGAGACUUGAUGUUCUCACUGUGCUACCUCCCCACUGCCGGCAGGCUCACCAUCACUGUCAUCAAGGCACGCAACCUCAAGGCCAUGGACAUAACUGGGGCAUCUGAUCCAUACGUGAAGAUCUCCCUCAUGUGCGAUGGGAGAAGGCUGAAGAAGAGAAAAACAUCGACAAAGAGGAGCACAUUGAACCCCGUGUACAACGAAGCAAUAGUGUUUGAUGUCCCUCCCGAAAAUAUCGACCAAGUGAGCUUGUUAAUAGCCGUCAUGGAUUAUGACCGCGUAGGUCACAAUGAGGUCAUCGGUGUGUGUCGUGUGGGGAAUGAUGCCGAGAGACUGGGACGUGAUCACUGGAGUGAAAUGCUCAGCUACCCCCGCAAACCAGUGGCACACUGGCACCAACUGGCCGAGGUAAGGACCGGGGCUGUGUUGCAGGUUUAG